AUGCGCGCCUUGCAGUUCGUCUUGCUCGCUAUCGCGACUACCUUCGUGGGCGUCGCCCAAACCAAGCCCGUCCCUGUGGGCCAGGUUGAGAACGAUUUGAAGCCCAAGCCCACCACCACGAAGCCGCAUGUUCCGCCGACUUUGCCUCCGCAUUACCCUACUACUAAGCCGCCCCCCAAGCCCACUACUAAGCCACCCCCCAAGCCCACUACUAAGCCGCCCCCCAAACCCACUACCAAACCUCCUCACCCAACCACGAAGCCUCCCACCACUAAGCCACCUCCUCACCCGACCACGAAGCCUACCACGAAGCCUCCUCCUCCGACCACGAAGCCGCCUACUACUAAGCCACCUCCGCAUCCGACUACCAAGCCAACUACCAAACCUCCGCCCCCGACGAAGCCCCCGACUACGAAGCCGCCCCCGCACCCUACUACCAAACCUACUACGAAGCCUCCGCAUGAGACUAAACCUCCCACCACUAAGCCGCCUCCGCACACAACUACUAAACCUACCACUAAACCUCCUCCUCCUCCGACUACCAAGCCUCCUACCACGAAGCCGCCCCCGCAUCCGACCACCAAGCCGACCACCAAACCCCCACCUCCGACCACCAAGCCCCCGACUACCAAGCCGCCUCCUCACCCGACUACCAAGCCCACCACGAAGCCGCCUCCGCCCACAACCAAGCCUCCGACUACGAAGCCACCCCCGCACCCAACGACGAAACCCACUACGAAGCCUCCUCCGCCGACCACAAAGCCUCCUACCACCAAGCCUCCUCCGCACCCCACCACCAAGCCUCCUACCACCAAGCCACCCCCGCACACUACCACCAAGCCGACCACCAAACCACCACCGCCCCCGACGACCAAGCCCACGACCAAACCACCUCCUCCGACCACGAAGCCUACCACGAAGCCGACCCAUCCGCCGACCAAGCCUCCGCCGCCGCCUCCUCCCCACACUCCGAAGCCCACCACCCCUCCGUACCCACCCAUCCCAACGGUGACGCGCACUACGGCGAAGUAG